CUUUUUGUUGUGACAAUAUGAAAAUUAUUUUCGCGCUCGCAUGUGUUCGCGUUUUCAGCUGAAGUUAGAAAAUUUAAUUACAGAUUUGAAGCUGUUUUACAUUGUCAAUUCUGUAUAUUAGAGUGUUUCCUCAUUACAUUUCGUGUUCAAAAUGGCUCAGAAUGCAGAUCUCAUCCGCCAGGCCAUGUUUGAAGAGUUGGAAAAAAUCCUCAAUCCGGAUGGCGACAUUCGAAGACAGGCUGAGGAACGAUUGGCUCAGCUCAAAUAUACCGAAGGAUAUGGCAUUUAUUUGGCGGAAAUAACAAUAAAUCAAAAUUUGGCCCUCGCACUGCGGCAACUGGCGUCGGUUAUGUUAAAGCAGUACGUUGAAGACUGUUGGUCAGUCGGAGAAAAUGAAGAAAGCACCGGUGAUGGAGCCUUAUUGGUUAAUAACGAGGCAAAAAUUGCUAUCAAAACUAUCCUGCCGCAAGGCUUGUACGAUCCAAAUAGUAAGAUUCGUAGUGUGGUGGCUUAUUCUAUCUCGAACAUAGCAUGUUACGACUGGCCAACCGAAUGGCAAGAACUGUUCGAUAUCAUUGUCAAAUGUCUUGGUGGAAAUGAAAACUCCGUACACGGUGCCAUGAAAGUUUUGGUCGAGUUUACACAAGACCUGGACAAACAGAUAAUCGAUGUUGGACCGAUGAUCCUUUCCGAGGUGUUUCGAAUUUUCGAAGCACAAAACGUUUACAGUGUUUCGACUCGAAGUACUGCAGUAGAAAUUCUAAACUCAUUGCUUAGGAGUGUAAACACGCAUAUUUCCUCUAAGCAAGAGCAAGCAAAUCUCUUAAAUCCUACAUUACCAACGUUUAUGCAAAAAAUGAUCGAAGGUCUUACAGUACCCAAUGGGCCAUAUAGCAGUUUUCUUUUAAAAACCCAAAUCGUGAAAGCUCUCAAAUAUAUGAUAUCUGAUAUGCCGAAAUUCGCGAAUCAAUAUUUGACUUCAAUUCUGCCGCAUAUUUGGCAGCUUCUUACGCAGAUGGCCGACGUGUAUAUUAAGGUUGUGGUGAAUGAAACCGAAGAGAGUCCUUUCGUUACAAGUACCGAUGAUGAUGAAAAUGAUGACUUUACAUCUAUGAUUCUGCAAAUAUUCGAGUUUCUGCACACGAUAAUUGAAAUGAAAAAGUACAAGGGUUCGAUAACAGAUGUUUUGACAGAUUUGAUAUACAUCAUAAUUCUGUACAUGCAAAUGACAGAAGAACAGGUGCAAAGCUGGCACGAUGAUCCAGAGAAAUUUGUUGAAGACGAAGAUGAGCAAGGGGUCGAUUUUUCCAUCCGAACGACAGCUCACGAUGUACUACUUAUCAUCGGUCAAGAAUACGAGGACAAAUUGCUGCCUUGUUUUUCUGAAGCCUUGGCUAAGCAUAUUACUGUUGCCGAUGCCGAUCGGAAUGCCGCCAACCCGAACUGGUGGAAGCUGUAUGAGGCUUCGAUGUUGGCAGUUGGAUCGUUCAAGGAGCUGAUAGUUGAGAAUGAAGGAAAGUUUGAUUUGGCACAGUAUAUGAAUUUGGUAAAAAACACCAUGGAAUAUCAGUCGAUAUUUACGUUUAUCACAAUUUCAAAACAUAUAUUUAUAACCCAGCUUGCGAAAGGGCCCAAAGCAUCGCCCUACCUUCUAGGCCGUUGCAUAUGGAUUAUUAGCCGUUUUUGUGACUGCAAUAUAUACGAUCAGCAAACGUUGCAACAAGUUAUCGAUAUAACCAUCAGCAGCAUGUCACCAGAAAAAUCCAUCGUAUUACGAAUUACCGCUUCCAGAGCCAUCUACGGAUUCUGCACAAACCUCAAAGAAAGCAACGAUGAGCGAAAAGCUUUGAUGAUUCCCAAGUUGGAACAAGUUUUCGAAAGCCUUUUGCCAUUGUUCAGUCAAUCUCAGAAUACGGUCCAGGGGUUACUGUUGGAGACUUUGACCGCAGUUAUUUCGUUUGAUACAAACGUAACCGCCAAUAUAUCCAGCAAAGUUGUUUCAUUAAUCAUUGCCAUGUUCCUCAAAUAUCAUGAUGAUCGUUUCAUUCUGGAGCUAGUGCAAGAUAUUCUCAAAAUUCUUUCUCAGAAUCCAUUCUGUUUGAUUCCUUUGCAAGAGAAAAUAAUUCCAACGAUUGUCAGUAUCCUUGGAGCACAAGGCGAGCAGUCUACAUCAAUGCAGGAUAUCGCUCUGGAUAUUUUGGGUACAGUGGUCAAAUAUUCACGUGGCCCGCUCAGUGCUGUCAUGGUGGAAAGUGCGUUUCCAGCAGCUGUUCAUUGCAUUCUACGCUCAGAGGAUCAUUCAGUCAUGCAAGCAGGUGGGGAAUGCCUGCGGGCAUUUCUCAGCGUCGAUCCGGAACAAAUCUGCGGCUAUAAGAAUGGUGAAGGUCUCAAUUACAUCAUGGAAGUCACAACGAUGUUACUAAAUCCCAUGAACACUGAAUCGACCGCUGCCUUUAUUGGAAGACUUGUCAUCACGAUCAUAACCAAGGUCGGUAAUUUGUUGGGGGAAAAUGUUGACCUCCUUCUGAAAGCUGUCAUCAGUAAGAUGCAGUUGGUAGAAUCACUAAACGUUAUCAUGAGUUUAGUGAUGAUUUUUGCCCAUUUGAUAUUGGUACAGAUGGAUGCUGUACUGAAUUUUCUGAGCACUGUUCCUGGUCCGACCGGAGAACCAGCCAUGACUUUUGUGUUUGCCAAUUGGCUCAGUCGACAGCACAUGUUCUAUGGAUCAUACGAGCGUAAAGUCAGCACAAUGGCAUUAUGCAAGUUGUUUGAAUACGGUGUUACAACGAAAGAUGAGCGGUUGAACUCAGUCGUCAUUAAAGAACCGGUAAUUAGCCCGAGCCAAGGUCGGCGGACCCGUUCGGCCGCAGCCAAAUCUAAUCAAGAGUGGAUUGACGUACCAAUCCUGCUUAAAAUCUUCAAACUUCUGCUGAAUGAACUUUCCUAUUUGAAGGAAGCUAAAGAAGCGAAUGAACAGAAUGAUAAUGAAGAUUCCGAUGACUCUAGUAGCGAAACUGAUGAAGCCAAAACAGGAAAUAUGACAGCUCUCAUGUUAUUAGAUAAUGAUGAAGAAGACGAAGAUGAUCAGCAAAUGAUGCAGGAGCUGAUGCAGAAUCCCGUCUUCCAAUGUGACAUGCAAGAGUAUUUGGUAAAAUUUGUGCAGAGUUUCAGUCGCGACGAACAUUUUAGAGUUUUUCUGGAAAAGCUGGAAGACACGGAAAAGCUUAUCCUAAAAGGAUAUGGCAUCAGCGUAGUUUAGUUUUUUUCUGUUAUUCUUUUUGUAAGAAAAAGUACUCCAUUGCAUUACAAAGGCAGCGCCCUAUAACCGUUCUUGUUUUUGCUUCUAUCACAUAAAUAUUAAAAUUGGUUCUAAUAUGUAAUCGUUAAUCAUCAAAAACCCCAGUACUAAAAAGUUGUAAUAACAUUCAUAUGGUUAUA